AUGGUCUAUCUCCGACAUAACCAGCUUCCGGCGCUCAAAGAGUACAAGUACUCCUCGGUCGAUCGGUCGCUGACGUCCAAGUACAUCCUCAAGCCGUUUUACAACAAUUUCGUCAUUAAGCUGUUUCCCAUGAGCAUGGCUCCCAAUCUGAUUACUCUGACGGGAUUCCUGUUCGUCGUAAUCAACGUCUUGACGCUGCUGUGGUACAAUCCCACCCUCGACCAGGACUGCCCGGCUUGGGUGUAUUUUAGUUGGGCGAUCGGGCUCUUCUUGUACCAGACUUUCGAUGCCGUCGAUGGUGCUCAGGCACGUCGAACUAAGCAAUCUGGCCCCCUUGGUGAGCUAUUUGAUCACGGCGUCGAUGCUCUCAACACCAGUCUCGAAGUUCUCAUCUUCGCUGCCUCUCAAAAUAUGGGUCAAGGUUGGAAGACUGUUGCGACUCUGUUUGCUUCUCUCCUGACCUUUUACGUCCAAACCUGGGACGAGUACCACACCAAGACCCUCACUCUUGGCAUUGUCAAUGGCCCAGUCGAAGGUGUCUUGAUUUUGGUCGCCGUCUACACUCUAACGGGCUUGCUGGGCGGAGCGCACAUCUGGCAGCAGAGCAUGCUCCGAGCCAUUGGAAUCCCCGAGUCAUUGGGUAUUCCCAAGUUCGUUUACGAGCUCUCAUUCACAGAAUGGUAUCUCGUCCAGGGCGCCAUUGUUUUGGUCUUGAACACGGUCGAGUCUUCGUUUAACGUCAUUCGAGCCCGUCACGAUCGGGGCGAUCGCUCCCGCGGUGCUCUCGUCGGUCUUCUCCCCUUCUUCGGCAUUUGGACCCUGAUCGUCACCUACCUGUACCUGCAGCCCAACAUUUUGUAUCACCACCUGGUCCCCUUCGUCUUCUUCGCCGGCAUUGUGAAUGCGUACAGCGUUGGACAGAUGAUCACCGCCCACUUGGUCAAGCUUCCCUUCCCGUACUGGAAUGUUCUCAGCAUUCCCCUCGCUUGUGGUGUUAUCGACUCUCUUGGACCUAUUCUCAUCAAGCGAUUCGGCGUUGGCUGGCCAAGCGCCCUCGGUCAUGAUGAAUACCAGGUUUCUUUUGUUUUUCUCCUCCUGGGUAUUGCCUUGGGUGUCUAUGGCAGCUUUGUCGUCGACGUUAUCGUAUCCAUCUGCGACUACCUCGACAUUUGGUGCUUAACCAUCAAGCACCCCUACGACGAGUUCGGCCCCAAGAUUAAUGGCGAGAAGAUCCACUAA